AUGGGAGGCGAAAUCAUCAGCUUGGUCUCAUCCAACGAAAUCUUUCGCGACAUCACCGAGAAUGCGUCCAAUUCGCAACCUCGGGACGAAACGCGCGGGGACCGCGGCGACCCGGCUCGCAGUCCGCCGCGCAAGACCUUGCCCGUCGUGCUCGAGCUGUCCGACCUGUCCGACUCGUCGGAUUUCCCAGACGCGUCCAGCAUCCAGCCGCGACGGGGCCCUCUGCGCAAGGACCCCCGCCAAAUCUUUCACAGGACGGCGUCGUCCACUGCCAGGCCCCGCGCUGGUGGUAAGCUCGGGGUGGCGCCGCCGCCGCCGCCGCUGAGGCGGGCGUUUGAUGACCCGAUUGAGCUGUCGAGCACGCCGGACUUUGGGCCCAAGGUGAAGUGGGUAGGCGUGCCGGAGAGCAGGCAGGGCGCUGCUGCUGCUGCUUGCAGACAUGAUUCCUUUACUUUUCUCCCUCGCCUCUGCGGCGGCCGAUACAGGCCUCGCGACUGGGACGCCAAACGACCCCGCCUAGGCAAUCCCGCACGCGCUCCCCGGCCUUCGGCCAUGAGAGACCCGGAGGAUGAAGUAGAGGUGUCGGUGCAGUCGUUGGUCGAUACGCCGAGCCCGUUUAGCGAACUGUCGCCGCCGCGACGGACAACCGACUGGGAUCCCAUCUCGAGCUCGGCCCCGGAAAUCUUGCCCCCGCCACGGCGAGAGGAGGAUGUGAUUAACAUCGACUCCGACUCGGAGGACCUUGGCCGUGCUGCGAGUAUAUCGUCGGACGAGUCGUUCCCGGAUGUUUCGAACCUGGGCCCUAGCACCACCACCCACCAUCGUACUUCCCUUUCCAGGCCCGGAGGAUCUACAACAGAGCGAGACCGCAAGAAGCGCGAACGCGAAGCAGCCAAGGAGCAGCGCCUCAAGGACAAGGCGCGCGCCGCCGCCCUCGCCGAAGUCAACAAGGUCAAGACCGACAAGAAGAUUUCCGCACGCAUCGAGAACGCCCGGUGGGAUAGCGGCCCCGUCGGCCACGUCGUGCGGUGGCGGCGCAGGGUCCGCGCGCGGUACGACGAGGACAGGGGCCACUACGAGCCUAUUCCCGAACGCGUCGAGGACGAGACGUUUGCGCUGGCCCUCUUGGACGCGGACGAGUUCGUCGGCCUGUGCCUGGACCCUUGGAUGCGUCGGAACCGCAAUCUCCGCAACCGCCAAUUCGCCGCCGCCGUCCGCAACGUCGGCGGAACAACAACUACUACUACUACCACCACGUCCUCGACCGCCGGUUCUAGGCGGCCCCGCGCCGAGUACGUCGACGAAGAAACCAUCGAAUCCGGCCUCCUCGCCCUACAAGUCCUCCACGGCGCGCUCAUCCACCACGCCAGCGCGCCCGUAGAAACGGCGCAGUGGAUCGUCACGUUUACGCAGCACAUCUCCACGGUGCCGUACCGCCGCCGGCGGGACGAGGCCAACGCCUCGGCCGCGGCGUUUUGCAUGGACGCUGGCCAGGUGCGCGUGGGCGAGGGCGCCGCCGAUACCUACGUCCGCAUGCUGCAGGAGAUUACGCGCGUCACCGCCCCCGUGGCGUACGGGAUCGCGGCCGAGUGCCCCUCGAUCGGGGACCUCGUGGCGCGCCUUGAGACGGGGGCCCGCUGGCGCUGCAGGAUUGUAGGAAGACGGUGA